GUUUCAUGUUGUUGGGGUCGAUUUCUUAACUCUGCAACAUGAAACUGUCUUAAUUGCCCCAGUUACACACAUCGAACCCAGAAAAGGAAAAGCAAAGCAGGGACGCAAAGCUGUUGGCAUGUAAUGGAAAUUGUGGAGAGGUGUUUUGGAAACAUGUACCAAAGGCUACUUGACGUGUAACUCGGGGAGGGUUGACUGACUGGCUGCUGUGUGUAUUCUGAACCUGUCUCUGGUCAUGUUUUCUUCAGUCCUCCCUGCUUGUUUUUCGCCGUUAAAAUCAACCCGAGCAGUGGCCAUAGUGCUGUAUUCAAACGUGAUCAAAGCUGAGCUGCAGUAUGCGUCCUGGACUUGGGAUUAAGGGGGUAAAGCCGCGAGUGUUUUCCGUGUGUAGUAGUGACGCAGACGCGCCAGACAAGGCCUCGGUUACGACCACUGCAGUGGAGGGGAAGGGGAAGGUGAAUGGGGCAACAGCGACCUCCGUGGGCAAUGAGACCGGAUGCUUCCGCUGCGCAAUAGUGGCUCAGACAAAAGGAGGGGAAGGGCUUUAUGGCGAUAUUUAGAUCCGCCAGACAGGCUGUUAUCUGCAGAGGCAAAAGAAGUGAAUAGCCCCCGCGGUAAACUGGGUGAAAAAAACACCCUGAUUUAGGUUUACAGCCUGAGAGCCUUUGGCAAAGUGGCGUCUUUUCCUGCUCUGAAGGUGUUUGUCUAUUCGAACUUUUAGUGCACAAAUAGGCGCACAGCCGCUGCGUUCCCCCCUCGGCUUGUUUGAUGUCUGUUGGCCAAAUAACGUGCAAGUACCAGAGAGGUGAUAGCUCGGGACUACAAUGCACGUCAUGGACAGAUUGUGGCUGUUUUCUUUUUCUUUUUUGUCUGUCUUUCUCCUUCCUCCUGUGCUCCUCUUCUUAACGCAAUAGUAGCAGCAGAGUGCAGAGAAUUCCUGCGCGUUGAAUCGCCUGUGGCCUUGUGGGGUGUUGGCCCAGCUCUGCGUUUAUUUGCUGGUAAUAAAUAAAACACGCCGCGUUAUAAUGUGCGAGAACUCAAGGUUGCUGCUUUGUGGACGUGAUCUGCGGCGCGGGGCUGGAUUCAGGUUUAUUAUGGACGCUGAUACGCGCAUUAAGUUAUUUAUUUAUAUCCGUAACACAUAAACUCUUCUGUUACAUUAAAGUAUUUUCAGUUGUUUUUUUUUUUUUUAAAUCUUCCAGCAAAACCACAUUUAACAUUUAGCUACUUAUUAAUUUCUGUUUAAUCCUAAUCUCUCCAACUUGCUGUUUCCUGACUGUUUAUGACGUGUUUAUCUUGAUCUGUCACAUGUUUCUAACUCUGGAUCUUCACCACAUAUAUAUUCUAAACGUGCUGCUGCGUCCUAGUUUGAGCUUCUGCUCGCACUAUUUGAUUUUUUAAAACGAGGAAACCACAAGCACCACAUUACGCAGCGUAACUUUAGACCGAGGCAGCGGCCGUGCGCAUUAGAGCUAAUUUGUUAAUCGUGGUGAUGAUGGCAACAUAUAGAGGCCCGCACAAGUGAUAACGGCGGUGAGAUAAUAAACGCUUGGAGCGGGAGGUGAAGCGAGGAGAAACCGCGGCUGCGCCAUCACUGUGUUAUUUUGAAAGUAUUUAAUAAAUAUCCGGCCAUUGUGCCUCAAUUUAAUCCGCCAGAAAAUAAAUUAUAUCACAUUUGAUCAGUUUUUAUCUCUUUAUCUUUAUUAUUAUUAUUUAUUUCAAUUAAUUUCCCUUUUCAAAUAGUUUCUAACACACAUAUUGCUUCAUAUUUAACAACAUGCAGUCACAGACUGACCAGUGGAUGUAACUGUUGUUUAAUUUGUUAAAUAUAUCAAGUGUUUCAUAUCGUAAUUAUAACCGAACAAUUACGAGUCUGUAACUGAAAUUUACAAAACAAAUACGGGAAGAAAAAUAAUCUUCCGUUUUGUUAAUUUGACUGAUAUUUCAAAAUAAAACAUUUCCCCCUUGCAAGACAUUUUCCUCAUGUUUAUUUAUUUAUUUUUAUAUAUAAUAAAUGUUCAUAUCUCAUCACAUCAUCUCCGUUAAAACUAUUCCUUUACUGUGACGAGAUGUUUGCUCCAGAUUAUACGUCAGUGAAUAAAAGCCUGUAUAUGAAGUGUGUUUGUCCAAAUCAACAAAUGUGCAUUUAAAGAAUUCUGCUUUAUUGUUCGGUGUUUUUAAAUGAGCACAGAGACUCAGACACUGUCUCCUCCAGCGAGAUGUGAGUCUGAAAAUAACUAUUUCAGCCUGAUAGAGGACAUUUCGGUGUGACUGUCAGUUUUGUCUGUUAAAUGUGUUCAGUGCUUAAAACCGAAAAUAUCAGAAGAUGUGGAAGAAAUCUGUUUCAGCCGAAAAAGAGCAAAAUAUAAGAGAGUGAGAUCUGUAGAGUCGUGAUUUAAAAUCCACACGUUGUUUCAGCUCUGAGCCGAAAGUUUCUUAAAUACAGCGGUGGUUAAAAUGUGUUUUGGUUAGCAGCAAUGGUGGGGUGCUUACGUGUCCUAUAAAGUACCUCGUAAAAUAAGCUUUCCAAAAAACAUACUGUAUCGUUUUGGAAAACCAAGACGGGUCUUUAACAGCAGCAGCAGCAGCAGCAGCAGCAGCAGCAGCAGCAGCAGCAGCAGCAGUGAGGUUACAUUCAAUAAAACAUGACUUUUUGUCACUCACUCAUAUUUUCCGUCUCACAGAUAACAGAUCUAAGUCAUAUCUUGAUAAUUCUCAGCUUUAAAACUGGAGGUUGUUAUAGGAGAGCGGGUGAGUAUUUAAUGACCAAAGGGAUUGAUUUAUCCUUUAUUGUUCAGCCUUUAUGAUCACGUGUGUCUGCUGCCCAAUGGCGCGCCAGCCUGGCUCCCCAUUACUAGCCCACUGUAGUUCUCUGUGGGGCCAAGUUGCUACUUGAUUUCUCCACAUUGUUAUUUUGUGAGGCUGGGUUUACUGCAUGUGUAUGUGUGUGUGGUGUGUGUGCGCGCGCGUUUUUACUUUUGCAUGUAUCUGCUGUAUGACUGCGUACAUGUGAACGUUUAAUUUCUCUGCCAUGUCGACAUCCGGAACACUGGCUAGUUACUUCGUCGAUUCCCUCAUUUUGCCCGAGAGCGAGGAGCUCUCUGUGCCGAGAUACCCCUCCGGUGCUGGGCUGCAGCACGCCAGGCAGUCCGCCUCCAUCAGCAGCGACCACAGCGAGCUCGGGACCUGCACCUUCCCGUCCAAACCUCCGGUGUUCGGGCCGUCAUGGAGCCACGUUCCUGCUCAGUUCCCAGGCACCGUCUCCUCUGUGUAUCAUCACCACUAUGGGCAUCCCUCAGGCCCGGUCGGUGCAGAGACCGACGGCCGCUAUCAGUCGUGGCUGCUGGAGCCCAUGUCCGGUUCCCUGCCCAUGGCUGGAUUACCGACGAGCCAUCACUACGGAAUCAAACCGGAGGUUCUGGGGACGCGAGCUGACGGCGCGCUGCCCGGCUCCCACACGGCGCUGCUGCUCUCCGAUUACGCCAACGGGACGGUGGCGACGGCAUCCCCGCUGGAGAAGGACGCGCUGUCCGGCCAGCCAGCAGACGUGAGCGGGGAAGCUGAGGAGAAAUCGGGCCUCGAUCCAAAUAACCCAGUGUCCAACUGGCUCCACGCGAGUGCCACGAGAAAAAAGCGCUGUCCGUACACGAAGCACCAGAUCCUGGAGCUGGAGAAAGAGUUCCUUUUUAACACCUACCUGACCAGGGACCGUAGGUACGAGGUGGCGAGGCUGCUAAACCUCACCGAGAGACAGGUUAAAAUCUGGUUCCAGAACCGCAGGAUGAAGAUGAAGAAGUUCAAUAAAGACGGCGCACAGAAAGACGAGUGACGGAAGCCGCGUAGACAAACAGUGUGUGAGGCUGUUAGCGAGCUCUGUGUGCGGAAGCUCUUAACUCUGCUGGACCUGGUUUUUAAAAACUACAUUGUCUUAUUGUUCUAUAGCAGGAGUUAUCUCAUGUUAUUCGGCUUAUUCGUCUUGUAUAAAGAAAAAAAGAAAAAGAAAAAAGCAUGUUGGGCUUUGAUGCGACUACCUUUAUAUUGCACAAUUUGAACAGUGCCCACUCAUUCUUUUUUUUUUUUUUUUUUUUUAAUUUUGUUGUUUUUCUUAAAUUGAGUUGAAUAAUAUCUGGUUCUGUGUAUUAGUUGGCCUCGUCCCUGUGCUCGUGUGUGUGUGGAUGUGUUUAGCUGUCUGUGUCCUGGUUUGUAGCUAUAUUUGUUGUCACUUGAGCGUAUAUUAUAUAGUUUGUUUUAAAAAAAAAGUAUUAAUUUUUAUUGUUGUUUCUCCCUCAUACUGCUAGAACUGUGACUGAUGACCGUGAGUUUGAAUCUAACAUUGGAUCCGUAGAAACAAACAGACUGAUCGCAUUUUGUAGGAGGCGUGAAAACCUCAGAAACCUCUUGAAAAUGCUGUAAAACUAAAAAUGUAAGAUGUUAAAGAAGCUAUAUUACACGACACGAUGGACUACCUAUGUCUUUCAACUACCUACAAUAACCUUUUUUUGUUUUUCUUUUCCUCUGAUGGCGGAUUAAAGUAGAUUUGCUUGCAUUAGAUGCUGAACUAUGAAUUUCAGGGAGUAACAUUUGGAAAGUACACGAUGUUUGUUAGCGAGAGAAAAUAAAAUAAAAACACUGUAGGCUACUUAUUGAUUACCUCACGGCCUGCUGGCCGUCUGACUCUUUGGUUCACAAAUGUAAUUUGUACUUUAUUUAUUAAAUAAAACAAAUUA